UUUAUAAAAGAUGAAGUACGUGAACAAUUUCCUACAUCUUUCUCAGAGUUUAGCUAGUUGUAGGUGAGUUUUGGUGGAACAAUCUGUUUAUCCCAAAUCUCAAUCCUACCCAAAAAUCAAUUUGUAGCUUCUACAAAUCCUCCUUGCAUCCCACUUCGAGCUUUGCUGAAUUCAAUACUCUCUCUGUCUACAUAAUCUUCAAAAGCGCUUGUUUCAGCCUUUCGAGACAAUACUUAUCAUGGAGAAUGGUAUACAGAAUAGUACCAGGGACCAUAUUUCAGUUGUUAUAGUAGACGGAUAUAUUGGGCUCCAGGCAUUGGAAAACACCAUGAGAGCAAAGCUUUGCCCUGACUCAUCCUCUUGGGAGGCCAAAAGCUGCAUCUUCAGAGUUCCAAAGGUGCUCAAGAGACAUAAACCAGAGGCAUACGAACCUGAUUUUGUCUCAAUCGGUCCAUUUCACCACGGAGCUGGUAAACAAUUUCAGCACAUGGAAAAUGUGAAACAAUGGUAUUUGAAUAAUCUUUUGUCACGCAGGAAUAAUGUGAGCUUGAAAAACUUAAUCGAUUGCGUCGUUCCGCUGGAGAAAUCGGCCCGCGAAUUUUAUGCUGAACCACUUGAUCAUCUAAGCCAAAAUGACCUGGUAGAAAUGAUGAUACUUGAUGGCUGCUUUGUAAUUGAACUGUUCCGGAAGUACCCUUCUGAUGAGGAACAUAUUGACGCAAAUGACCCCAUCUUCAACAUGGAUUGCAUGUUCCAAUAUCUCUGCCACGACCUGUUGCUGCUAGAAAAUCAGCUACCUUGGUUUGUUCUCCAGCAUUUAUAUGACCUUACCCUCGACCCCAAUGAACCUGAACGCUCCCUCACUAUAGUCAUGCUCACAGUCUUCACCUCACAAAAACCACUGUACCAUAGCUGCGACUCCUAUCUAGGGUAUGUUUAUGAGGACAAGCAUGACAAAAAUUACGAAACUUUGCACAUACUCGAUCUGAUAAGAACUUCGAUAGUUUUUCCGUUCCAAGAUCACAUAAAAGAAAAGGAGAGAAGAGAAAAGGAGCGAAAAAAGAAAACUUUCUGCAGACCGAAAAGAAGAAGAAAUAGCAAUAAUAAUAAAUUAGGGACAGAUAUGGACUCGGAGUUUCCUCCUGCAACUGCUCUAGCGCAGGCAGGCGUUAAAUUUCGUAGCGUUUCUGCUGGCAGCAUAAUGAAUAUUGACUUUGAAAAGGGGGUCUUGCGUUAUAUUGGAUACAAAAGGGGUACUUUUAAAAUUCCACUUCUAUCAAUUGGGGAGUUGACAGAUCCACUGUUGAGGAACCUCAUUGCCUUUGAGCAAUGCUACUAUCACCAUUCGCAUGAAAUAACGUCUUAUGCAUUCUUGAUGAAUAAACUCGUCGCUUCGAGCAAGGACAUGGAGUUUCUUUGCGAGAAACGGAUCAUAGAUAACUGGUUGAACGCUGAAGAUGGCGCCAACUACUUUAGCAGGCUUUGCAAUGACACCGUUCUGAAAAGGUUCUACUAUGAGGAACUCUGCGUUGAAGUGAAUAUGCAUUACCAGAUUAAAUGGUACAGGUGGCUUGAAAAGUUUAACCGCGACUAUUUUGCAAACCCUUGGAGUGCGAUUUCUCUCAUUGCGGCUGCUAUACUUCUGGCUCUCACUGUGGUGCAGACCGUGUACGCCAUUCGCAGUAAGUAGCUUAGCGGGAUAAUUGUUUAUGGUUCGUUUUAUCUAAACUAUGCAUUUUCAUGCACUGAUUGUAUUUUAAUAGUGAAGUGAAUGGUCAAAUUUGAAAUUUCGGAAUU